AACGUGAAACAGAAAGCGAGAGGGACGAGUGCGGAGCGGAAGGCCGAUGGGAAAAAUGGUGUACUCGAGGAGUGGCGUCGACCCUCGGAGCGGCUACUGCGACGCGAACUCGACCUUCUACAGCAAGCGGCCGCCCAUCGCCCUUCCCGCCGAUCCCAACCUCUCCGUCACCGCCUUUCUCGCCUCUCGCCGCCACUCCGGCACCACCGCCUUCAUCGACGCCGCCACCGGCCACCGCGUCUCAUUCACCGCCCUCUGGCGGUCCGUUGCCGCGGUCGCCACCGCCCUCGCCUCCCCUCCCCUCUCCGUCCGCAAGCCCCAUGUCGUCCUCCUCCUCUCCCCCAACUCGGUCCACUUUCCCGUCGUCUCCCUCGCCGUCAUGUCCCUCGGCGCCGUCCUCACAACCACCAACCCCCUCAACACCCCAGUCGAGAUCGGCCGCCAGCUCGCCGACUCUUGCCCUGUCCUCGCCUUCACCACCCGCUCCCUAAUUCCUAAGCUCGCCUCCGCCCCUGAUCUCCGAAUCGUCCUCCUCGACGACCGCCGGCGGCCAUCGGACGACCGCCGGAUCGUUGCCACCAUCGGCGAGAUGAUCGCGACGGAGCCGGACCCGGCCCGGACCGCCGGCGCCGUGAGCCAGGACGACACCGCCACGCUGCUCUACUCCUCCGGCACCACGGGCAUCAGCAAGGGCGUCGUCGCCACCCACCGCAACCUCAUCGCCAUGGUCCAGAUCGUCCUCGACAGGUUCAAGCUGGAGGACGGCGCUGAGCCGGAGACCUUCAUCUGCACCGUCCCCAUGUUCCACGUGUUCGGCCUGGUGGCCUUCGCCACGGGGCCGCUGGGCUCGGGGUCGACGGUGGUGGUGCUGUCCAAGUUCGAGCUGGGGGAGAUGGUGCGGGCGAUCAACGAGUAUGGGGCGACGUACCUGCCGCUGGUGCCGCCAAUCCUGGUGGCGAUGGCGAACCAGAGCCGGCCGCUGCCGCUGGGCCGGCUCCGGCGGGCGCUCUCAGGCGGGGCGCCGCUACGGCGGGAGGUGAUCGAGGGGUUCCGGGAGAAGUACCCCGCGGUGGAGAUCCUGCAGGGGUACGGCCUCACCGAGACAACGGGGAUCGGCGCCUCCACCGACUCGGCGGAGGAGAGCCGCCGCUACGGCACCGCCGGGAUGGUCUCCCCCAACACGGAGGCCCGCAUCGUGGACCCCGACUCUGGCGCGGCCCUCCCCGUGAACCGCACCGGCGAGCUGUGGCUUCGCGGUCCCUACGUCAUGAAAGGGGCAGGACAAUACCUCACGUGGCGUCUGACAUUGCCACUGGGGUUGCGUGGAGAACCGGGCUGCCGCAGGGUAUAGGCGAGCCUCGGUCGAUGUGCUCCUAUGCCUCGAUCGAGCGCACGGAGUCAAAGCUCCUCGGGCAGUGUGCUGUUUAGGCAUGGCUGACGUCAUGGCGUGUCACAUCACCAUUUUUGCCCUUAUCAUAUUCCCCCCCCCGAAAGGAGCUAUGCGUCGGUUGUCACGCAAGGGGAGUCCGAUGCAUGGCUUCUGUCUCCAGGUAGGCUGGCCGUGCGGACGCAUUUCGGGGAGAACGGAGCCGCGGGGGCGAGGAGCACGACGCAGGCGGGCUAGCCGCGCAGGCGUGUCCUGGGUGGCGUAGAGCCGAAGAGCCGAGGAGCACGACGCAGGCGGGCUGGCCGCGCAGGUGUGUCCUAGGUGGCGUAGAGCCGAAGAGCCGAGGAGCACGACGCAGGCGGGCUGGCCGCGCAGGUGUGGUCUCGAGGGCCAUGCGGUCGAGUGGCACGACGCAGGCGGGUUGGCCACGCAGGGGGCCUCAGGCAUUAUGCGACCGAGGAGGUGGCCUCGGGCAUUACGCGGCCGAGGAGGUGGCCUCGAGCAUUACGCGACCGAGGAGCACGACGCAGGCGGGUGAACCGCCCAAGCGUGUCUCGGGAGCAUGGGGCCAAGGAGCACGACGCAGGCGUGCAAGCCACGCAAGUCUGUCUCGGGAACAUUGGGCCAAGGAACACGGCGUAGGCGGGCUGGCCGCGCAGGGUGGUCUCGGGCAUUAUGCGGCCGAGGAUCACGACGCAGGCGGGCAGACCGCGCAAGUGUGGUCGUGAGGGCCAUGCGGUCGAGUAGCACGACGCAGGCGGGCUGACCGCGCAGGGUGGUCUCGGGCAUUAUGCGGCCGAGGAUCACGACGCAGGCGGGCAGACCGCGCAAGUGUGGUUGUGAGGGCCAUGCGGUCGAGUAGCACGACGCAGGCGGGCUGACCGCGCAGGUGUGGUCGCGAGGGCCAUGCGACCGAGUGGCACGACACAGGCGAGGUGGCCGCGCAGGGGGCCUCGGGUAUUAUGCGACCGAGGAGGUGGCCUCGGGCAUUAAGCGACCGAGGAGGUGGCCUCGGGCAUUACGCGGCCGAGGAGGUAGGAUCGGGCCGAGAGAUAACUCAGGCAGGGAGGCCGCGCUGAGGUGAACUCGACAGUGUAUGGCCGAGAAGCUCGGUGCAGGCAGGCUGCGACCGAGUGACACCGCUCAGGCGGGCAGGACGCUCUGAGGGGAGCUCGGCAGCGUGUGGCCGAGGGGUUCGGCGCAGGAGGGCCAACCGCGCCGGUGUGUCUUAGGAACAUGGGGCCAAGGAACACGACGCAGGCGGGCAGGCCGCGCAGGUCUGUCUCGGGAACAUGGGGCCAAGGAACACGGCGCAGGCGGGCUGGGGCAGCGCAGGUGUGGUCUCGGGUGGCGUAAAGCCGAAGAGCCGAGGAGCACGACGCAGGCGGGCAGGCCGCGCAGGCGUGUUCGCGAGGGCCAUGCGGUCGAGUAGCACGACGUAGGCGGGCAGACGGCGCAUGGGGCCGAGGCAGCAGGCUGCGUCGUCAGCCGAGGAGUUGACGCGGGCUGGCCGCGCAUGGGGCCGAGGCAGCAUGUUGGCUGUGCAUGGGCCCGAGGGGCCGAGGCAGCGUGUUGGCUGCGCACGGGGCCGAGGAGUCGAGGCAGCGGGCUGCACCGUCAGUCGGGUUGCUAGCGCGGGCUGGCCGCGCAUGGGACCGAGGCAGCAGGUUGUGCCGUCAGCCGAGGAGCUGACGCGGGCUGGCCGUGCAUGGGGCCGAGGCAACAAGCUGCGCUGUCAGCCGAGCAACUGAGGCGGGCGACCGACAUCGGGCCAAGGCAACAGGUUGGCUGUGCAUGGGCCUAAGGGACCGAGGCAGCGUGUUGGCUGCGCACGGGGCCGAGGAGUCGAGGCAGCGGGUUGCACCGUCAGUCGGGCUGCUAGCGCGGGCUGGCCGCGCAUGGGACCGAGGCAUCAGGUUGUGCCAUCAGCCGAGGAGCUGACGCGGGCUGGCUGCGCAUGGGGCCAAGGCAACAAGCUGCGCUGUCAGCCGAGCAACUGAGGCGGGCGGCCGGCAUGGGGCCGAGGCAGCAGGCUGCGCCGUCAGCCGAGGAGCUGACGCGGGCUGGCCGCGCAUUGGGCCGAGGCAGCGCGUUGGCUGCGCACGGGGCUAAGGAGUCGAGGCAGCGGGCUGCACCGUCGACCGGGCUACUAGCGCGGGCUGGCCGCGCAACGGGACCGAGGCAGCAGGUUGUGUCGUAAGCCGAGGAGCUGACGCGGGCUGGACGCGCAUGGGGUCGAGGCAGCAAGCUGCGCUAUCAGCCGAGCAACUGAGGCGGGUGGCCGGCAUGGGGCCGAGGCAGCAGGCUGCGCCGUCAGCCGAGGAGCUGACGCGGGCUGGCCGCGCAUGGGGCCGAGGCAGCAAGCUGCACAUGGGCCCGAGGGGCCGAGGCAGCGUGUUGGCUGCGCAUGGUGCUGAGGGGCCAAGGCAGCGUGUUGGCUGCGCACGGGGCCGAGGAGUCGAGGCAACGGGCUGCACCGUCAGCCGGGCUGCUAGCGCGGGCUGGCCGCACAUGGGACCGAGGCAGCAGGUUGCGCCGUCAGUCGAGGAGCUGACGCGGGCUGGCCGCGCAUGGGGCCGAGGCAGCAAGCUGCGCUGUCAGCCGAGCAAUUGAGGCGGGUGGCCGGCAUGUGGCCGAGGCAGCAGGCUGCGCCGUCAGCCGAGGAGCCGACGCGGGCUGGCCGCGCAUGGGGCCGAAGCAGCAAGCUGUGCUGGCUGGUCGCACGCGGGGUGCCGAUGCGGGCGGGCUGGCCGCGCGCGUGGGGCCGACGCGGGCGGUUCGACUGUGCGCGUGGGGCCGACGCGGGCGGUUCGACCGCGCGCGUGGGACCGAGGAGUCGAGAAGCCGAGGCGCGCGGGCUGGUCGCGCGCGUGGGGCCGAGAAGCCGAGGCGCGCGGGCUGGUCACGCGCGUGGGGCCGAUGCGAGCAGGUUUGGCCGCGCGCGUGGGACCGAGGGUUCGAGGCAGCAGGCUGCACCGUCAACCGGGCUGCUAGCGCGGGCUGGCCGCGCAUGGGGCCUAAUGCGGUCUGCAUCUAUUUAAGCCGUGGCCUCGGGGCCGACACGGCUCGGUUCGGGUCCGGAAGGCGGGAUCACCCUGGGGGCGCUCCUCGGGGUCUCCCGGCGACCGUGCACGGCGGUUCGGUUUGGCAGCUCGGUUCGGUAGGUCGGGUCGGGAGGAAGCUCCGCUGUAGCGCCUGGAAGAGGCGACACCGUCUCGCACCUGCACACAAGUCGGGCCGAGGCGCUCGGCCCGACCCCUCCGACGGCCAAGUUAGCGAUGUGGAGGGGUUUUUGGAGGAGGAGGAGUUGCCUCCAUAGAAGUGUGGAGUGUGAGUGUGCCUCCCUCCGGUCCUCUUCUUCCAACGAAUGAGAGGGUAUUUAUAGGGGAGUAUUCUGCUUGAUGUGCCUCAGUCAGCGUGUUGGACUUGACCUUUGCAGGAUAUUAAUGUGCCUCGGUCAGCACGUUGGACUUGACCUUUGCAGGAUGUUUAAUGUGCCUCGGUCAGCGUGUUGGCCAGUUGGACCAAGUGUUGAGGCGUGAUGGGACAGGUGACGUCAGCCCUAGUCUUGUCGCCAUUAUUUCCCUCAUCAGGGCCAAGGCAGCAAGCUGCGCUGGCUGGUCGCGUGUGUGGGACCGAGUGGUCGAGGCAACGGGCUACACCGUCAGCCGGGCUGCUAGCGCGGGCUAGCCGCGCAUGGGGCCGAGGCAGCUAGCUGCGCUGGCUGGUCGCGCGCGGGGUACCAACGUGGGCGGGUUGGCCGCGCGCGUGGGGCCGACGUGGGCGGGUUGGCCGCGCGCGUGGGGCCGACGUGGGCGGGUUGGCCACGCGCGUGGGGCCGACGUGGGCGGUUCGACCGCGCGCGUGGGGCCGAGAAGCCGAGGCGCGCGGGCUGGUCGCGCGCGUGGGGCCGACGAGCCGAGACCAGCCCCAAAAGUCGUUGCUGCUGGUGCGGGUCGGCUGUAGUGGAGCAACCCAAGAGAAGGCUAACGUACCGUCAUUCCGGGCCCUCCUUCUAGCGCCAAUCUGUUAUGGUAAAUAACUUUUUUAGCCGUGGCCUCGGGGGCCGACGUGGCUUUGGUUCGGGUCCGGAAGGCGGGGAUCUCCCUGGGGGUGCUCCUCGAGGUCUCCCGGCAGCCGUGCGCGGCGGUUCGGGUCAGCAGGUCGGCUCGGCUGGUCGGGUCAGGAGGAAGCUCCGCCGCAGCGCCGGGAAGAGGCGACACCGUCUCGCACCUGCACACAGGUCAGGCCGGGGGCUCGGCCCGACCCCUCCGACGAUCAAGUUAGCGAUGAUGUGGAGAGGGUUUUGGAGGAAGAGAAGUAGAAGUUCCUCCAAGUGUGUUGUGCUUGUCUCCAAAGUGUCCCCCCCUUUUCGUUUAGAACUCUGGGGUAUUUAUAGAUGAGUUUUGAUGUUACCUAAUGUGCUCGCUUGCAGGGGCAGGACAAUACCUCACGUGGCGUCUGACAUUGUCACUGGGGUUGCGUGGAGAACCGGGCUGCCGCAGGGUAUGGGCGAGCCUCGGUCGAUGUGCUCCUGUGCCUCGGUCGAGCGCACGGAGUCAAAGCUCCUCGGGCAAUGUGCUGUUUAGGCAUGGCUGACGUCAUGGCGUGUCACAUCGCCAUUUUGCCCCUUAUCAGAUUUAU